AUGAGCCCCCAAGGCGUAAACCGCAAAAGACCUGCUCCCGGCACCUCCCCCGUCGUUCAUCCCCAGCUGGGUCAGCUCCCAAAUUAUCCGCCUACUUCUGGUUCUCCAUUGUCGAACGAGCAGUUCUUACAAUGGGGUCAGACUCCGGCCUCCAAUACCGUCGCCGCCCCGUCCUUUCCCGCUCUUAACUCCUACAACAACGCCGCUGUCCCCUCAACGUCCACGCAAGACAUCCCUAGCGCCUCUACAGUCUCAAACCAGAUUGCACGUAGACAAACCCCGAAUCAACUGGUUAACCGAAAUCGCGCUUAUGAGCAACCGUCGGCCACCCUUCCGGAGCAAGAUGCUGGAUCUGGUGAGUCAGGCGGUUGGUCAGAGAGUCUAGAGGAGCUUUAUCAACGCGCGAAUACCGCGAAGAGAGAGGCGCAGGCUAAGAGGAAACAAAUACCACCGUUUGUACAGAAACUGAGCAGCUUCCUUGACGAAUCGAAAAAUACCGAUUUGAUCCGAUGGUCCGACGAUGGAAACUCAUUUAUUGUUCUGGAUGAAGAUGAGUUCGCAAAAACCCUAAUCCCGGAGCUCUUCAAACACAACAAUUAUGCAUCCUUCGUUCGCCAGUUGAACAUGUACGGUUUCCAUAAGAAAGUGGGUCUUUCGGACAAUUCGAUGCGUGCCAGCGAGAGGAAAAACAAAAGCCCUAGCGAGUACGCCAACCCAUACUUCAAAAAGGGCCACCCCGAGUUGUUGUGGUUGAUCCAGAAACCUAAGAACGCGGCCGGCCAAGGCGGCAAGACUGGGAAGGGGUAUGUCCGUGUAAAGACGGAGGAAACGGAACAUGAGAAUGAGGAAUUCGACGAAGAAAACGUUGGGCAGCCUCGGGACGAUGGUACCCGCAAUCGGCAGCUAUCUUUGAUCGCCCAACAACCUCUCCCAAAGGACCAGUUUACGAAUGUUUAUCGGGAGCUGCAAGCCAUUCGCCAGCAACAGCAGGUCAUCUCUAGCACUAUAAGUAAGCUACGAAGGGAGCAUGAGCAGCUCUAUGCACAGGCCGCGAACUUCCAGGAGCAGCAUAACCGCCAUGAGAACUCGAUCAACGCUAUACUUACUUUUCUCGCGACUGUCUACAACCGGAGCCUCCAAGGCCAGGAACCGCAGAACCUCGCCAACUCUUUCGCGGGAGCUAUCUCGCAGGAUCAUAGUAAUGUUGUCGACAUUCAUGACUACUCGCUGAGCGCGUUAGGUGGCAUGAAUAGCCCUGGCGGGCCGCGGUCUAUGAAGAAGCAGCCCUUGCUUCUCAAGGCACCGCCGACGUCAAAUAGUCAUGGGCGCGCUACGACACUUUCACCUGCCGGCAGCGGGUACGAACGUUCACAGUCUCGUACCCAUGUGCGGCAGCCGAGUGCGCAUUCUGGACAAGUAGAGGAAGUAUUUGAUGGCAGCCCUCGAUCAAAGGACUCGCCCGAUUUACAACCCCAACAAUAUCCACAACGAGAUAUUAUGUCCGUCAUUCAGAACACGAAUGCCCGAAACGGCAUUCCAACUACCUAUUCCGACUUUCCGAACGUGCUAUCGUCGCUCGAAACUUCUGGCGGCAACGUUCCUCUCACUCCAAACCAACGUGCAGAUAUGCUACGUCUCAUGGCCAACGAGACUGGCACCGCCGACUCUGGCGGACAGAUAUCGCAGAACAAUGCCCUUAUCACCCCAAUUCCUCCGCCAAUGCCACAUAACUACUCUAACCGCCUCGCCAACACCCGGUCUGAAAUCGACAAUCUGAUGAAGAUGCAAGCAGAACAAGACCGCUCCGUACAAAACCUCACCAACCUCCUCCAACCCCUCAGCCCCAACGGCACUAUUCCCGGACUCAGCGCCGACGGGACAAUCCCACCCCCACCUCUAGAACUCGACCAAAUAUUCAACAAUGACUACUUCACGGACUUUGCAGACUACGACCAGCAAAACAAGGGCAAUUUAGACUUUGGCGACCCCACAGCACCCGGCCAAGCACCUGUCCCAAUAGAACCUCCAGUCUCAACGGUUACAGACGAUCCUAUAAUCAAGACAGACGGAAAUGACCUCUUUGACUUUGACCAUCUAGCCGGCGACGGUGACCUCUUCGGCGCAUCGCACCAGCCCAGCCCGGGCUUCUACGCGGGCUUCGACAACAACUUCGGCGCCGCAAACACAAGCAACCCCAACCAGGGAAACCAAGGCCUCAGCGACCCGGGCCGCGUCGUGGAAGCGCUCACAGACAGCGAGUCCACGAGCCCCAGCAACACUAUCGACGACACAAGCCAGUACACGGGGCUAAUUGAUCCAGGAUAUGAUUCGCAGGGAGGAAAAAGAAAUGGAGUUGCGAAACGGCGGAAGAAAGCUUAG